AUGCCUGGCAGCAUGCAUCAUCCAGACAAGAUCAAGGUCACUAUCCUCCUAAUCAUCUUGUGCUCUCCAGGCCUUUGCAUGGAUUUGGAUGGUGACAGAGGAGGUUGGAACUGCUAUUUCUAUGGCUUUCCCAAACUAAAUGAGAUUGGGGACAAUGGGAUCUGUUCAGGUUCCCAAUCUCUAACCAAGAAAGAAGGGGGGAAAUUUAAGUGUGCAAAGGGAGAUUGCUCCAUGAAGCCCUUACCUCACAGAGUGCAGGAUGCCAAUGUCCAUCCAUACCUGCAAGUUGUGCUGCUUGACACAGGCUCCUUCAGGCUCCAGGCUGGGAUGAGCCUGCUUCGUGGGGGCGUUACCUUCCUGUCCGUGGUGGUGAUGCUUCUCCUCUGUGUGAGUGCUGGCCCAGCAGUGCCCACCACAAGCUCCCGGAGUGGGUUCCCUGCAGACUGCAGCCGCCUCCGCAAGAACAGUCCCAGUGGGGUCUAUGUCAUCCAGCCAGCAAGGUCUCCCCCGCGGGUGGUUUGGUGCGACAUGGACACCGAAGGCAAGGGCUGGACUGUCAUCCAGAGAAACUCUCAUGACACCGAGAUCACGUGGAAGGAGUCCUGGACCACCUAUAAGUACGGCUUUGGGAAUGUGCGGGCAGAUUACUGGCUGGGCACCGAGUACCUGCACCUGCUCACACAGCAGAACACCUACAAGGUCCGCUUCGUCGUGCAGGAUAAAUCCAAUGUCACCCAUUAUGCUGAGUAUGACAUCUUCAGCGUAGAGAGCGAGGCCAGCGGGUACCCUCUGAGGCUGGGCAGAUUUUCUAGUGAGGGGGAGGACUAUAUGACCACCUACCACACCAGAUAUGGGGGCAUACAUGACAACAUGAAGUUCAGCACUCAUGACAGGGACCAGGACCAGGCCAGCAGGAACUGCGCCAGCAGCUAUGGGGGCUGGUGGUAUGAUAAGUGUCAGAACAUCCUGCUCAAUGCCAAAAGCUACAUCCUGUGGCCAGGAAUCUGCACUAGCGGUGACUGCAAAUCUUCCCUCAUCCUGGUCAAACCCACAGACGUGUGCUGACCGGGCUGGAGAGCCCUGGGAGCUUGGCCACCACCCCAACACAGUGCCCUGUUCCGGCGCCUGCCAACAGCCUUGUGCCAGCACUGGUGCAAAUCAUGCACUGCUCGCAGCUCCCGCAUUGUCACCAGAGUGAAACACAGCGGCUCUGGG